AUGUAUAUUCUGUUCGUACAGCCAAUAUCAGAGGGUUCAUAUCUAUCUAUCUAUCUAUCUAUCUAUCUAUCUAUCUCCUUCUUCCUGGAAGAGUCCAUGUUUAUUUAUUUAUCUAUCUAUCUAUCAGUCCGUUCAUAUCUAUCUAUCUAUCAGUUCGUUUAUAUCUAUCUAUCUAUCCGUUCAUAUCUAUCUAUCUAUCUAUCUAUCUAUCUAUCUAUCUAUCUCCUUCUGUCUAUUAUCUAUCUAUCCAUCUAUCUAUCCCCUUCUGUCCAUCUAUCUAUAAGUCUGUUCAAAUCUAUCUAUCUAUCUCCUUCUGUCUAUUAUCUAUCUAUCCAUCUAUCUAUCCCCUUCUGUCCAUCUAUCUAUCAGUCUGUUCAUAUCUAUCUAUCUAUCUCCUUCUGUCUAUUAUCUAUCUAUCCAUCUAUCUAUCCCCUUCUGUCCAUCUAUCUAUCAGUCUGUUCAUAUCUAUCUAUCUAUCUCCUUCUGUCUAUUAUCUAUCUAUCCAUCUAUCUAUCCCCUUCUGUCCAUCUAUCUAUCAGUCUGUUCAUAUCUAUCUAUCUAUCUAUCUAUCUAUCUAUCUAUCUAUCUAUCUAUCUAUCCCAUUCUAUCUAUCUAUCUAGCUAUCUAUCUAUCCCCUUCUGUCUAUCUAUCUAUCUAUCUAUCUAUCUAUCUAUCUAUCUAUCUAUCUAUCUAUCUAUCUAUCUAUCUAUCUAUCAGUCCGUUUAUAUCUAUCUAUCUAUAUCAGUUAAAACACCUUUUCAUCAUCUACCUAUCUAUCUCAGUCUUCAAUCUAUCGAUCUAUCUAUCUAUCUAUUUCUGAUCAUAUCUAUAUAUCUAUCUAUAUCAUUUGUUCAUAUCUAUGUUAGUCUGUUCAUAUAUAUCUAUCUAAAGUCUCUUAUCUAUCUAUCUAUCUAUCUAUCUGUCUGUCUGUCUGUCUGUCUAUCGGUGAUGAAGAAAGAUUACUCGCUUUUUUUCUUUGGAUCGAAAGAGUGA